AUGUCAAAAGUCGAGACUCGGAGCAAACCAUUCUCAAUCUUCACCCAUCGUCAAAAGCUCGGCAUCGUCAUGGCCGCAGCCACCGCAGCCUUCUUCUCGCCUUUGACAGCUUCGGUCUAUCUACCAGCACUGCCCGCCAUCGCCAAAGAGUUCGGUGUCUCAUAUUCCGCUAUUAACCUGACGGUUACAACUUACAUGAUAUUUCAGGGCAUCACUCCAAUGUUCGUUGGCGCCUAUGCCGACUCAGCAGGCCGGCGACCAGCCUACAUGUUUUGUUUCGUUGUGUACAUGGCAGCUAAUAUCGGGUGCGCCCUCGCACCCAACUACCCGGCAUUGCUCGUCCUGCGCAUGCUGCAAUCUGCAGGCUCCAGUACGACUGUGGCCCUGGCGCAGGGUGUCGUGUCCGACAUCAUCACGUCCGCCGAACGCGGCAGAUACGUGAGCUACAUGUCGACGCCUGUGUUGCUGGGGCCCUCGCUGGGCCCUGUUCUGGGCGGCACACUGGCACAGUAUCUCGGGUGGCGGUGGAUAUUCUGGAUCCUGACCAUCAUGUGCGGGACGUUGGCUGUCGUCUUUGUGGUGUGGAUGCCCGAGACAUGCCGCGGGAUCGUGGGUGACGGGUCUGUUCGGCCCAAGCAUAUCGCCCACAGGCCGCUUUGGUGGGUUGGCAAGGACGUGCUGGCGACCAGAUCGAGUCGCAAACAACAGGUGCAAAUCAAUGGACAGGAUGGAGAGCACUCAGUUACCGGGCCAUCGCCCUCUGGGCAGCAAGCCGUCACAAAGCACAAGUUCAAGGCCUUACACGCUCUGAUGCUGCUCCUACGGCCGAAUAUGGCCUUCCUGCUGCUCUACAGCAGCCUCAUCUUCGCAAACUUUUACUGCAUCAUGACCUCAAUCCCCGCCCAGUUCACCUCGAUCUACCACCUGACCGACCUCCAGACAGGGCUCAUCUACCUCCCGCUCGGCCUAGGCACGAUAGUGGGCUCGCAGGUUGCUGGGCGCAGCCUGGACUGGAAUUUCCGGCGACACUGCAACCUGCUCGGCCUCCCUUAUGAGCGUAAAAGGCAACAGGACCUCUCUUCGUUUCCGAUCGAGCGCGCACGUCUCGAGGUUGGUGUUCCUGCCCUCAUUUUGGGUACCUGCGUGGUCCUGGUCUGGGGCUGGGUUCUCCACGCUCGGACGCACCUCGCCGUUCCUUGCGUGAUGCUGUUCCUUGCAGGCUUAGGGUUGACUGGGUUCAGCAACGUCGUCAGCACGCUCAUAGUGGACAUGAACCCCACGGCUGCCAGCGCGGCGACUGCGAGUAAUAACUUCACGCGCUGCCUGGUGGGUGCUGGCGCGAGUGCCGCCAUUCAGCCCAUGAUUGACGGAGUGGGCAGUGGAUGGGCUUUCACAAUUCUCGCGGGGAUUAGUAUGGUUGCGUCUCCGCUGACUCUUUGGACGUUGUUGAAGAAGAGUAUGGGGUGGCGGAAGGGGCGGGAGGAGAAGAGGAAGCAGCGGGCUGAGGCUUUGGAAAAGACCAAAAGGGAGAGGGCUGUCCAGGAAAGUGAAGAAAAAAGUUUCUGA